AUGUUGGUCCAGCUGAGACGGCUUGGACAUGUGCCUUUUGAGAGUUCUGCUGAGGGCCAUGGCAACCCGAAUGAGUUGUAUCAAACACCAUCAACCCUCGGUCAACCAACACCACCUCGUCGAGCCAACCUCAUCCUACAGCCAAGAUCGCUGCAAGAGAUCAACAAGCAUCACAUGGCCAUCAAGCAGCUCGUCAGCAUCGCCGAGAUGAGCGUUCGGGCUCGAGACCAAGUACCCGAGGAGCGACGCAGGUUGCUUAAGGCUUGGCUCGGCGACGUCGGCAGGUUGAUCUGGUGCUUGAUCCGACGGCGGGAGUUUUGGAGUUUCUGCUUCCUCGCCGGUCUUGGCCUGUGCAUUUCCAUCUCCCUCCUCUCCAACAUGCCUCUCAUCCUACGACCGUCUCGUCGAACGCUCCUCGACAGCGCCCAGGCGCCGGCACAUCCUCAGUCAGACUACCGCGUCGUCCGCUUUACACUCCGUCUUCCCAACGGCCAGGCCGGCGCAGACCAACAGCCAGUAGAGCUGUGCUUUCACAGCAACUUCAGUGCGUCGCCUCUGCGUCCUAUCCUGCUGCACUUCGAUCAGUCCAACAUCACGCCCUAUACCCGGUCCUCUGGGCGAGACGCUGCUGCGGCCGUUGAUCUUGGCUUGGUCCAUGUCUCCCCUGAUGAUCCGCACUUUAUGGAACUGCUCCAAGAGCAGAUCCAGCGUGAGAUUGGAGAGUACCAAGAGCGCUGUAGGGCUGAGGUUCGGAGAUGCUGCGACCAACGCCACCGCUCGCUGCUCCGACUGCUCCAGAAUUUCGAGGCCUGCACAGAUCUUGAAUCCUAUGUCAUCACCAGGAUCAAUGACGAGGAUAUAGGCUGGUGGUUGGCUACCAACAAAAGCGACCAUAGAGGACUGAGGAUGUUCGGAGACGUCGAGUUCUGCGGCAUAAGCAUCAAGCAUACACGCCAGCUGUACAUCAGGGCGCUGGAAUUGAACCGUCUUGUCGGCUACCAGUUUCAAGACUUGAGUCCGGAUCUUUUCAGGUGGUGGAUGGAUCGUAUGGUGCGUUCCUUGAGGAUGAUUAUGGGCAGCUCGCAUAGUGCGGCGUGGACGCCAGCAGAUGACAUGUUCAUUGCCCAAGGCAAUGUAAGCAGGUGGGUGCUCAGACAGUCUCUGCCACCGAAAAUACCACCAGGCAUCACCUCCAUUCUCAGGUCCUAUACCUUUUGGUUGACUCACCAUCGGGACCAUCACUUCUCGUCAACUUGCCAGAUCCUCCGCGACUGCUCGUCAGCACCGCCAUUCCCCAAGCUCCAACAUCCAAGCUGCUCUCGGCAUGACACGUUGGAGGAUACGAUGAAGCACCUCAACUCAUGGGCUCAAGAGGCGCGAAGUCGAAACCGGAACGACGAGGAUAUACUCGGCAACAUCAGAUGGCCUGGGGUUCUGGAUCUGCCGAGGAAUGUGGCACAGCUCGUCGACGCCGUGGAGCAGUCGAUUCAGCUUGCCGAGUCCAUGGAGCGCAUGCCGGUCAUAACGACAGUGUCAUUCAAAGGCUGGCUGAAAAGAACAAGAAGCUCUUUCUACCUGUGGCCGAAAAAGCACGAGCCCCAAGACCCGAGCAACAAGACGGCGAGGGCGAGGGAGCUGCUCGAUACUCGACUCCGACGGAUGCUCCAUGACGUUUCGCAGGACUUGCGUCUCAUGCACAGCAUCUGCGACGACUGGAAUGCCUUGACCGACUUUAUCGACUCGCUGCAUUCGCAGACCAACUGGAUCAUCAACGAGGACGGGCCGUUUGUUGAGCUGUUGCAGAUGCCGCCCCCGAGUAAGCAGAGCGCGUAUUUGGCUGGCCUGACGGAGGAAUUAUCUACAAGGCUUGAAAAGAGCAAGGAGUUCUGGAGUGAGUGGUAUUGGUGGAAGAAUGGAGAGAAGAACAGGAGUGAGGAUGGUGUUUAG